AUGGCAGUGGUCUUCAGUGCUCAAGGGGAAAUAUCUUACUGGAAAAAUAUUUCUGUUAUCCUCCUGAUUGGUAUAGAAACUAGAAGGCAGAAUAGGCAGAUUAAGGAGGUAUUGAGUUCGUACCCGAACGGAAUCUCCAUCGAAGAACUUAAGAUAAGAAUGGGUAUUCCUGGAAUGACUAAAUUGUUUAUCGAAGCGAUAGUAUCUAUAUCAGAAGUACAACUUUUGUAUAUAGGAGAUGAUAAUUUUUGUGUGCGUUUGAUCCCAUCAACAACAUCUACCGUUAAGAAGAAGAAGCAGAGGGAUGCUGAUCAUUCAGAAAUGCCUGUGUUAUUUUCUUCUGAUUCUUUUGGGGAUGAUGUGGAAACUUUUGUUUUGUCAUCUAGAGGAUCGCGUCUUAUUUCCCGAUCAAGAAGCAGGGAGGAUCUAGCUCAUAGAUUACAAAGGCAUGGACCCAUGUUUUUUAUGUCUCUCACCGAAAAUGAAAUCCUUCAAUUGGUGGAAUUAUUGAUAACAAAGUUGAAAUGGUUGAAGGAAAGCCCCUCAGAAGCAUUUCCUUUUAGUCUAACUCAAUCAGUUAGGCUAACUAGGUCUACUUUACUUGUGAAAGAGCUGCUAAUUGAUGGCACAUGGCGCAAAAAUCUUGAGAUCCGUUUUUCUAAGGCUCUGUUUAGCAAGCCCGAUAAAUUAGAAGACUAA